AGCACAUACUCUUUGUCUCCACUUUCAAACUGAAUAAAUAAAUCUGCAUUUCACUUUAUAUGAAUAUGAUUAAGUUAGGAUUUAUCUUAUCCAUUGCUGCAGUUGUCACUUUGAACUUUGAACUGUGUAUCAGUGCGUGUGCUCGUGCUGAAUAUGAGGUUAAUGGAGAAUGCUGCCCCAUGUGUGUGCCAGGAACCCGUGUUCAUCGGCAUUGCACUGCAGAAACCAGCACCACUUGUUCUUCAUGUCCUGCAUUAACUUACACAGAUGAACCCAAUGGACUCACAGCAUGUUUUCCCUGCUCUCUGUGUCCAGGACUACAAGGAGUAAGAAUAAAGAGAAGCUGCACACGCUAUGCAGAUACUGUCUGUGAGUCACUGGAGGGAUUCUACUGCAUUGAGCAAAAUAGAGGCAGCUGUACAUAUGCUGUGGAACACUCUGAAUGUCACCCUGGACAAUAUAUCAGACAAGCAGGAACAGCAUUUACUGAUACUGAUUGUGGUAACUGUGCAGAAGGCACUUACUCUAAUGGCUCUUUUACUACCUGUCAACCACAUUCAAAAUGCGAUAAUGAGGGACUUGCAGAAAUAAAAUCAGGAACAAUGUCAUCUGAUGCUGAAUGUGGGAAUUCAACAAGUGUUAAUGCUUUUUACAGUUUUUUUAAAUGGAUUUCACACAAUUUCUAA